AUGCCCUCACUUGGUUCCGGUGUUAGUCUACCGCCCACUGAAACGCUCACAGAACGUACACAGGUUGCGAUCAGCCAACCUGAGGUGAUUCGGGAGUUCCUUUGUCCCUUGGACGAGCAUACUGGUGAUCGUAUACUCGUCCAGAGAGACGUUAUCAAGGGCGCAAUCGAGUGCUCACUAGCGGAUCAGUUGUUUAUAAUCGCUGGUCCGAGUGCUCUAAGGGAUCCGUUGCAGUCGAUUGGCUGUAUGAAAUGGAUCAGGUCAAAGAACGAAGCCUUGAGCAAUGUUCGUGUGUUGAUGAAUCUGAGUAUAGACCGUAUGGCGAUACUGAGCGAUCGUGAAACGGUACAACCGUACUACUUGACACAUGGGCUAGUCAGCACAAGGUUACAUCUAUUGGAGCUAGCAAGACAUGUGGCGUUGGUUGGUGGUGUGACAGAUCCAAUUCUCCAAGUGUAUUUUGAAGACUUGUACUCCUUUGGCUUAUUCUACGAUUUGGAUAACGAUUGUAUGACGAACUUACUGUCCAAUAGUCCAUUUGGAAUUGCAAUAUUGGACAGACACUUCAACACAUGCCAGGUUGAGCUGCUCAGCAGGCAGAUCCAGCAGUGCUUUGAAGUACAGAGGUUGCACUUGGGUGUGAUGGGCUUGGGACAGAUUGGCAUGGUGCUUUCAAAGGGGAACAGUGACGUUGUCAUUGCUAUCGGUUUGGAUCUGCUCAGUGAGAUGAUGGAUCAGAUAUAA